UAUGUAUCGAGUCAAGUAUAGCGAGCAGGAAUGCCCUGUAACGAAGAAAUGACCAACAUCAUAACAAAAUGGCUCACAAAUGUUGGGAAACAUGGAUAAAAACUUCCAUAGUGUGCCUUGUAGUAAUACUAUCCUUUACAAUUGCUGAUUUCACAACAGAAUGUCAGAGGCCUUGUGACUGUAGAUGGCAAUCGGGAAACAAAGCCGCAAUUUGCUCAAACUCAAGCCUGAAGGUCGUGCCGGCCAAUCUCAGUAAUGACGUACAAAUUUUAGAUCUUUCGAACAAUAACUUACACCAGUUACCCCAAGAAGCUUUUAAAAGGGUAGGCCUAAGUAAUUUAAAAAAGUUGUUUUUAAGAGAUUGUAAUAUAGAAAUCGUACAUAAGGCAGCCUUCUUGUCGCUAGCGAUUAUGAUAGAAUUAGAUAUGUCAAAAAAUUACAUUAGAUACCUACAUCCUGACACUUUUAAAGGUACUGAAAAGUUAAGAUUGAUAAACUUAAAUAAUAAUUAUAUAGAUAAGCUAGAGGAAGGUCUGUUCAGAAACUUGAAGUUCCUUCAGAAAGUUGAAAUGAGUAACAAUAGGAUAGUUCGAAUCAGCACGAAAGCUUUUAUCAACUUGCCUCAGUUAAAGAUUUUACGUUUCGAUGGUAAUAACUUAAAUCAUAUGAAACCGGAAACUUUGAGUUCAUUAAGAAAUUUAUCCGGUUUGGAUCUACAUAAUAAUCCAUGGAAAUGCGAUUGUAAUUUACAAUCUUUUAGAGAUUGGGUUAUAAGUCAUAAUUUGUAUACUCCGCCAACGUCGUGUGCUGAACCCGCUUCGAUACGAGAUAAACUUUGGAACGAACUAGAUUCAUCGAACUUUGCCUGUCGACCGACAAUAUUAGAACCACUUUCAUACUCAACGAUCAAAAGUUACGAUGAUAAUGUUACUCUCAUUUGUAAAGUUGUCGGAAAUCCUCCACCGGAUGUCACUUGGCGUUUUAAUGGAAAACUAAUAGAAAUUAAAAACUUUGGAGAAAUUAGAUAUUCUAUAGUAGAAAAUACUAUGGACCUAAUAAGAUGGCUUAAUUUGACAAUAAUACAUACACGUUAUAGUGAUAGAGGUAAUUACACUUGUGUCGCUGAAAAUCCUGGUGGAAGAGAUGAGAAAACUACAAUUCUUCUUCUAUCAAAAUACGCAGGAGCGGGUACUAUAGCUGGAAUGGACAUAGAUUCCUUUGCAAUACUAAUAGGAUGUAUAACAGCUAUUGUGAUAAUAUUUGGCGCAGUGAUAGCUGUUUGUUUGUUAACUUCUCAAAAUGCAGAAAUGAAAAGAUUAAUCAAAAAUGAUACUAGAUCUUCUAACGGAGAAGCUCUUAUUGAAGGAUCAGUAACUUCUGAACCGGAAAAAGGAUUAAAAUCUGAAGUAAAUCCAAUUAUAAAGCCGGCUAGAAAGUUUGAAGAGGCACCUUCUCUUACAAGUGAUGCGACAGAGAUGUCAGAACUGAAUAAAACUUUACUCGAGAAUGAUUCUGUAUUAGCGUCCUAUGAAGAAAAUAUAAAUCGACGUCACCAAGUAGAUAUACCGAAAAUAUCUAAGGAAAUUUUACUCGACCGUCUCGCACAAGAACAUCAAGCAUAUCCUCCCGAUCUUCUUUCAUUUCCUCUCAGAAAUAAUAAUCAAGUAUCACCAUCUAGUUUUACAUUAACUCAAGAGAAGUCGUCGAUAAAUCAAAAACAUAUAAGAAGUCCGAUCAAAUCUCCCAACUUUGAAACUGACUUUAAUCCAAUAAAGUACAACACUCUUCAGACUAAUAAUUCAAACCAAGGGACGAUACCAUUGAUCAAUCCGAAAGGAUACGUCACAUUACCAAGAAGACCAAGAAUGAGUUAUCCAGACAGUCGUCAAGCAUUCACAAAUCUGAAUGGUGUUAUACCAUAUUACGAUAGCUUUAAUAUGAAACUUUUCGGGAAUGGUGGAAACUAUUAUAGCCUUAACAAGAGUGAGAUUGAUCUAGGUCCUGUCAGCAAAUACUGUAUGCAAGAUGACCCUGAUGAAUCUGAACCAGCACCUUCACCAGCACCUGGUACUCCACAUGCAACAAUACCGAGGAAUAGUCUCAGCUCACCGAAUAUCAAUAAUCAAUUGCAAAGCUUACAAGCCAUGUCAAGAACUAAACAGAAACCAUUAAAAGUGACUCUGGCUGAAAAUGAUAGCUUUCUAAAGAAUCCUAUCAAAGAUCGAGCUACUUACAGUGUGAAUGUUGUAAGUGAAUCACUAGGUAGAACAAAGUCUGUUCCUAAUCAAACAAUUCAAAGCAAGAAAAUACAUUCAACAGAAAUUAAAGAAAUUCUAAAUGCAGUGGAGAACGCUACACAAGUUUAAAUUGUUAAAAACACUUGAAAGUAGAAUCAAGUUUCAUAUAAAAAGUUAAAAUACAAUUUCA